CAUCACAGCCUGCAUAGAAACCUCAGAAACACUUACAGUCCCAGAGGAGGAUGCCUUCCCUGCACCACGGAGCUAUCUUCAUCGGCGCCUUCCUCAUUGUGACUGGUGGAUCCACAGCCUUCCUGGCCUCAUCCCAGAGCCGCCUGCAGGCUUUCUCCCUAUGCUGUGUGGUGCUCGGGGUGGUCAUGCUCAUCCUGGGACUAUUCUGGGCAAUGAACAGCAAAAGUGCAGUAAACUACAACCAGCAGGAGUUCGACCCAGAUUGCCCACAUUAUCCAUAUGACUACCCCAACUUUGGCAGCCAUGCCAUUUUUACGCCCCCUGGGAGCCGCUUCCCCGAGUCCCAGUCAGUGUUUCUGCCCAGGACAAUGGAACGCCACAGGUAUGGCGCUCGGGGUGAGGAAUUCGACUACCCUCCCAUGGACUCUGGUGGUUUCAGUCCGACACCUCACCCUCCACCUUGGCUGGGACCCCCGCCUCCCUAUGAGGUCGCCAUCAAGACCACAUGCAGCACAACACAACUGCGGCGCGCAUACUCGGACACGCACCUGGCGUCAGAGCCCCUGUUUGGACAGUCAAGAGAAAUCAGCUUUGAGGUGUGAUGCUGGAUGAUGUGGACCUCUCUGUUCACCAGACCAAAACAUAAGUAAACAUGAACUCAGACUCUACAGAAGAGUUCUUUAGACAACAACAAACUUUAUCAAACUCAGCAUGCCUCUUUCUUGGGUCCUCGCAUGAUUUCUGUAACAACAAUGCAACUCUUUGCAAAUACAUAUGGGAAAAAUAAAGAUGGAUCACAUCACAAA